AGUGUAGCCGUAUCAAACCAGCUCUAUGUGCAUCAGCUGUUCAGUCCCAAACUCACCCCACUCAAAUUCAGAAACCCUAACCCCCGGCACUGGCAGUCCAUCCCCGCCGCUGCGACCCUGUCGCUCUGGGCAGCAAUACCGCGACUGCCACUAGCCACAAUCUCGCUACCCCCAGUCGCAGCUUUAUGCAGUUUCUUUUAUUCAGAGUGAAACUAUACUCGCCCAAAACUGCAUCGGAAAAAAUUAUCAUUGCAUGUGGAGUAAUGUGAAAUCUUACUUCCUUUCUGGGCUUCUACGACAGAUUUUGCAAGUUCUUGAUGUUGGAUGAUGGAUAUCGUUUCCUGAUCUUGUUCGUGUUUUGCUUUUAUCUUGGUACCAUUAAAUCUUGUGAUGAUGCUGGCUAUGCUUAUUUGUCUGAACUUGGUUCCGCUAUUUGUAUUUGAUGCUGGAUAUGAAAAUGCCUUUUUAAAUCAACGACUGAAUGAAUCAACAGAAAAGAAAUUAGCAUAUAUGAACUAUACAAUUGUCUAUUACUAAUAGUAGAAAUUUCUUUCCUUCAUUUUUUGUUCAGUGGUGCGAAGUUUUUUCAGUAUGAAUAAAGUUGUAGUAAAUAUUGAAUAAUAUUUUAUAUUUCUGCUUGUUGAGUAGGUUUUGCAUUGAAAAUAUCCUCUUGUUCCCUAGGAAUAUAUUAGCAUCAGCAAAUAUAACUUAUGUUAAAAAUGGAAGUGAAUUUAAACCAGAACCAAAAUUUGAAACGAAAAUAUGUUUACAGUUUACUAAUUUGUGCAUAAACUUAAGUGUGUAUUGUGAAAUGCGUAAUAUGGAUUUUGGGUUGAAGAGCAAAUUUUUUCAUGCUUCUUAGAAUUUUUUUUCGCUUGUGUGAAUGGUUGACAACUCUCAACUUUUUCUUUGUUUCCAUAUGAUGGGCUGCUGUAUAUCGUAUAUGAUGGCACGAAGCAGAGUUUCAAAACUGAAAUUGUGUUGAACGACCUAUUUCCAUGAAAAAUCUUCGAUGUAACUGCAAGUAUAGAAAAAAGAAAAUAUCAAUAUUACAUGUAGUAAUUGAGAGGAGAAACAAAGUGACGGAUAUAAAUGUACAUGAAAACUGUAGAGAACUGCAACACUUAGGAACCAUGCCAAAGGUGAAGACGAACCGAGUAAAGAUACCAGAGGGGUGGGAGUUGAUUGAACCUACUCUACGUGAACUGCAAGCCAAGAUGAGAGAAGCUGAGAAUGACCCACAUGAUGGUAAAAGGAAAUGCGAGGCCUUGUGGCCUAUUUUCAAAAUAGCCCAUCAGAAAAGCAGAUAUAUAUUUGACCUCUUUCACAGAAGGAAGGAAAUCUCCAAGGAAUUAUAUGAGUUCUGUUUGGAUCAGGGAUAUGCAGAUCGUAACUUAAUUGCAAAGUGGAAAAAGCCCGGUUACGAAAGGCUUUGCUGCCUGAGGUGCAUGCAACCUCGAGACCAUAACUUUCAAACUACAUGUGUCUGUCGAGUUCCAAAGCAUCUGCGCGAGGAGAAGGUUAUUGAAUGUGUGCAUUGUGGUUGUAAUGGUUGUGCAAGCGGGGAUUAAGGACUGCGCUCAACCCUGACUAACAGAGUCGAAGCUGAAUCAACGAGCACAAUGCAUUUGUACUGAAGUUAAAGAGCCUUGAUAUCUGAGGAGCUUUAUGGUUUCAAGUACUGCCUUUCCAAACUCUAUUCUUCGAGUUUAAGUUGAAAAACAAUGUUCACUUUCGCUGAUUUCCUUUGAUGUUAAUGGAUUCAUGUGGCGAUGUAAUGAAAGUAGCCUAUUAUCUGGUUAAUGUCAGCUAUGUUAGCGCAAAACGUUGCAGUGUAUCUGUUGGUCUAUUGGUUUUUUUUUUUUCUGAGGCAAAGUUGGUCUAUUGUUAUAA